AUGGAUUCCCCUCAAUCUGUUGUGUCACCAUUCAAGAGUUCUUCAGUGUUUGCUGAACAAGAGAAGCAAACUGCGGAUCUCUUCGUCAAAAGCCCUGGUUUCUUGUCCAGCAAAAUUGGUGCACACAGAAAGGAAACUGAGGUUUAUGAUUUGGAGGCAAAUGUUGGAGUUCUUGAUGUUUACAUACACCAAGCCAGGGACAUUCAUAACAUAUGCAUUUACCACAAACAAGAUGUUUAUGCGAAGCUCUGCCUUACAAGUGACCCUGAAAACACUGUCUCUACUAAGAUAAUCAAUGGAGGCGGGAAGAAUCCAAUCUUCAAUGAGAAGCUUAGGCUUGGCGUUCGCACUGUCGACACGUCCCUUAAAUGUGAAAUUUGGAUGCUCAGCAGAGUGAGGAAUUACCUUGAAGACCAGUUGUUGGGGUUUGCUUUGGUGCCCAUGUCUGAUGUUAUUGUAAAAGAUGGGAAGCUAGAAAAGGAAUUCUCGCUUUCUUCGACCGAUCUUUUCCAUUCCCCUGCAGGAUUUGUCCAGUUGUCCCUUUCCUACAGUGGAACUUUACCUGAAGUUCUGGCUAUCCCUUCAGCACCAGCAUCUGUUAUUAGGGAUGAAGAUAUCCUUGAUUCGGACACAAAGGAAUCAGCUGUUCCAAAUGAGCUUGAAAAAAUUGAGUUCCCUGAUCCCAAAAUACUGAAUGAGAAUAAUUUGAUGGUUUCUGAGUAUUUUGGGAUUCCAUGUACCAGUUUGGAUACCCAGAGCUCAGACAGCUUUGCCUCUUCAGAUACCGAGAAUCAACACAGUUCAGAAGCUGGUGUUCAAUUUGUGGAGAGUUUGUCGACAGGAAACAAUCUGUCCUCCCAAUUUCCAAAGGUUGAUUCUCCACCAAGCAGCAAUUCUGCUUAUGGAUCUCCGGCCGCUUCUACUCCAGUGAGCUCUCAGUCUUCCGAGACUCCGGCUGCCUCAAAGUCAGCUAAUGGAGAAUAUGCCUCACCUCCUAAAGAUAGUCUGCAAGAGAAUAGUGCCAGCACUGGAGAUGCUGAGAGUAAAGCAUCAGGAACCCUGAAUGGUGGUAAUGCAUUUGUGAAGCCUCUUGUUUCCGUUAAUAUCGAGCAGCCAGAUCAAAAGAUGGUGCAGCAGGACAUUGUGGAUAUGUACAUGAAAAGCAUGCAGCAAUUUACUGAGUCGUUGGCCAAAAUGAAGCUUCCAAUGGACUUUGAAAGUGGACCAACCAGUUCGGGAAAUUCAAGUUCUUCUGAUAAGAAACUGGACGCAUCUAAGAACUCUGGCUCUCGAGUAUUUUAUGGUAGUAGAGCUUUCUUCUGA